CGUGUGUACGGAUGAAAUAAAUUGUAAUAGCCAAAGUGACAAAAUUCGUAAAGAUUAAUGUCCAAUUAGCUUUCGUGUAGACGUGCUAAGUUAUAAACUAAAUAAAAAUCGACUGAUUUAUAUGAACUCAUUCAAAGUCUGCCUAAUUUGACGUACCCAAGUGAAUUGCACGGUUUACGAGCGUCUGUUUUUCCCUCACACACUGCGUGUGUCUUGUAUGCGUGUGUCUGUAUGAGUGUUUCUGGGUGCAUUUGUUUAUUCCGACCGCCAAAUACUACUUCUUAGUGAACUUGCGUUGCUGGGCGGUGCUGUCAUUACCCCACCCUUCCGCGUGCCCUUCCCGCAUGCACGCAUUGUGCAGAAAAAAAAAUCGAAACUCCCGCACAAGAACUGUAUGUUGAGUUGUCGGAACUGCUACAAAACAAAAAUUGAAACACAAAGAAAAAUGAUUUAAAGCAUAACACGAAAUUACGGUUAAAUGCUAAUGCGUGACACACAGCCUGCGUAAAUCCAUUCAAAAUAGACCAAACAACUUUUUUGUACUUUUCCAUAACGAAACGCAUCGCACAACACUGACAAUAACUGUUUACCGAAUUGUUUGGCAAUUUGUAUACAAACGGUAGCAACAAAAAAUAAGAAACGCAUACCAGACCCUACUGAGCUUUAAACUAGCUGAAUACAUUUUAUACCCAGUGUUCAACGUUUGGAGCCCACUGUGCUGAACUGUUAACAUAAUCAAGAGCAAUAAACAAGUGCUUUAAAUUUUGUUUAAAUUAAGACUGCAUAUAAAAAGAAAUCGUUGUCAUUCGACCUAAAAUGUAAACUGUAUAAGUUUACGAUUUGAACAAUAACAACAAAAAGCAGUCUAUAAUGGUUGUAAUUUAGCUAAUAAACAAUUUACGGACACGGAAAUCACGUGGAAGCAACUUGAACUCCAUUUGAGAACAGCAGCAGGAGCAUCGACUGUGGCAGCAUCAGCUGCUAAUCGACUACAACAACAAGCAUAAAUCAUCGUCAAGCAACAACAACAUUGCGAUUGAGUUGCAAGCCUAAGCAAAGUGAAGCGCAAAGCAAAAAACAUAUAACGCAUUAAUCAUACGCCGCGUGCGCCGCACUUGAAACGCCCUGUGAAAUUUGCCCCAACGAAAUGUUUGCGAAAAGGCCGCACAAUGCGCCGCGCACUUGACACGCGUUGAGUUACCGUUACCGUUACCGUCACCGUCAUUACCGUUACGUCCAUCGAUCAAUCGAUAAAUUUGUUAUCGUUUAUUUGAUUUUUUCGGGUUUUUAGUUUUCGCGUCGCUUGUUUUCUUAUUUCGCUUUGUUUAUUCGAAGUGCCGCAUGUACGUGUCCGGGCUAAAAACGUUUACGGGCAGCUACAACUGCAACAACAACAACAGAAACUACAAUCGAAGAGGCAGCCAAUUUAAUUUGCAGCCAAAAUUUGCACAAUUGUUUUCUUGCUGGCCAGUGUUAAAUACGUUAACGUUCUUAAUGAAUGACUUUCGGCUAAAGUCACUUUAUCGUGCCACUAAAAAGACAAUAACAACAACAACAACCGCCGCAGCAGCAGCAACAACAACAGCCACAACAACAAACUUUGAUAAUAGCAACAUUAACAAUCCGCGCACUUACAACAACAGCAGCAAAUCGAAUAAAGUGUUUCUACAUUAUAUACCACGCGAUCCACGUCUAAGAAUUUUCAAUAAAACCGCCACGCUGAAUAAACACUUGGCCCAUCCACAACGCACUUUAAGCGAAUUGAAUAUAACUGAAGAUUUGUGCAAUUAUGGUGAAUUAAUUGGCGGCAGUGACAGUGACAACAAUAACUACAAUAACAAUCACAAUUACUAUAACAACAAUAAACAAUUGAAAUUUCAAGGUCUACUGUUCAAGUUUUAAAGCCGACAAUUUCCAG